UUUAUUUAUAUAACCAUUUUAUGUAAAUAUUUAAAAUAUAAUUGAUCGCCUAUAUAAGUUAAAAAUAAAUUUACCUGUCCAUUCUUAGUUUACCUGUCAAUUCUCUCUUUACUCACACCGACUUCUUUUAUAAUUUUAAAAUAUUAUAAUCACAUUGUAAUUUGACGACAAUAUGGAGAUGGAGACUCUUACCCCAUUCACAUAUUGGGCUCAAAAUGAUACUUUUAUAUUUUUAAAAAUUGAAUUGACUGAUGUUAAGAAAUCAAAAGUUAAUAUUACAGAUAAAAUUUUAAAAUUUGACGCUAUAGGGACAGGGGUAUUGGGUGAAAAUAGAUAUAAUUUUACGCUAGAAUUCUAUGGUUUAAUUAUACCAGAAGAAUAUGAAUUAUAUCCAAAAAAAAUGUACUUAAAUUUUAAAAUUAAAAAAUUGCAAUCUAAAUGGUGGCCCAGAUUGUUGAAUGUCAAUAAAAAACCCACAUGGUUAAAAAUUGAUUUUGAAAAGUGGCGUGAAGAAGAAGAUUUAGAUAAUAUUGCAGAUGAUUUAGAAGAUGAGUUUAUAAAUCAAGAUAUGAUAAAUAAAUCCUUUAAUGAUUUUAAGAAUCCAGACCAUAUAAAUGCUUUUUUCAAACCAAAUUUGGUAUUCUUUUAUGAUAGCUUGAUUUUUGUAAAUUUGUUGAUCUUUUUAGUUGGAUUAUUAAUUCAUAAUUUUAAUCAUAAAGAGUAUAAUAUAUAUCAAGUAUUUGGUGUUAGAAUGUUUUUAAUUCAAUGUUUGCAAGGAUGUGAAAUUAUAUUUGUCAUCAUGAAAAAAAUAAACAAAAGUUGGGUUUAUUCAUUAGCUAAUGUUUUUAGUCAUAUAAUUAUGAUUCAUAUAUUAUGUUUUUAUUUUAUUCCAAAAAUGCAAACUAAACCACUCGUUUUUCACCUAUUUUUAACUUGGAGUCUGGAAGGAAUUUUAAGAUAUCCUUACUAUAUUAUAUCAAGUCUUGUCAAAAACAAUGAUACAAAUACAAUACAGCCAAUUAAUGGAAUUUUAAUAUGGUUACGUUACACUGUAUGGUUAAUUGUGUGUCCUCUUCAAUAUUUUAUUGAAUGUUUAACUCUUUUAAGAGCUAGUAAAUAUUAUCAUGGUGCAAAUUAUAGCUUGCCUUUCAAUCCUUCAUCUUUGAUAAACAUAUACAUAAUACUUCAUAUUCUAGCUUCCAUAUAUGUGAUUAAGAUCAAUUUUCAAAAAAGUCAAUUUUCAAAGAGAAUAAAUAAAUUUCCUAAAUUGUUAUCCUGA